UUCUGUUGCUUGCUCACAUCUUUCUUUCCAAUAUUACUUUUUUGAAUAUAAAAGAAAGCGUGAAGAAGAGGAUGAAAUGACAGAGAAUUUGAAGAAUCAAAGCGGGGAAUUUUUGAAAAGAAAAGGAGUUUUGACUGAGAAACAGACGACCCCAAUGUCAUACCAUAUCUACCCACAACCAUAAAUCCACCUAACCCUAAAAGUUUUCAGAGUCCCAAUUACGAAAGCCAUGGAAAUACGAAAAAGCAACCAUUUUGAAUUGUAAUGAUAAAGCUAGGGCCGAGAUUUUUCCAACACCCUUUUCGAGUUUUUUUGUCUUCAUUACACAUCAUUUCACGUGAUCCCUUCUUUUGUUUACCUCUGGGUUUGGCCUCCUCCUGUUCCUCCUCUUCCAAAGCCCCUCUUAGCCUCCUCUUCCCCCUCUUUCUUUCCCACACAUUCUGUUCAGAUCACAUCUCUACUCUUUAUGUCAACAAUUACUUUUAUAUUUAUUUCAUCUCCUUCUCUAUGUCUUGUAUAAUCUUUUCCUGUUUUAAUCAUCUUCUCGUUGUCACAUUCAUUCUCUGUUGGUUUUUUGCUGUUUCUAGAGCUGCUCAGUCAUGCUUUUCUGAUCAGAAAAAUGCCACUGCUGGAUUCGUUUGUCCGCCCUUCACUUCAACUCCUCCAUUUCCUUUCUCAUCUUCACCCGGUUGUGGCCAUCCCUCCUUUCAGGUUAAAUGUUCAUCAUCUUCUUCAAACGCCGUUAUCUCCAUUAAUAACCUUAAUUUUUCUCUCCUUCAUUACGAGCCCAACUCCACCUCUCUCACCCUCUCCCCUCAACCCGCAAAAUCUCCUAAUGCUUGUUCUUCUUUGCAUUUGCUUGCUCUACCUGACCGCUCUAUCAAUUUCUCCGGCUCGCCUUUUCGAGUCUCCGACGCUUCUUGCUCUCGCCUCUCUGUUCUUCGUUCUUGCUCCCCUCUAAAUCUUCCCAAUUGUAGCCAUUGUCCGUUUGAAUGCAAGCUCGUCAAGAACCCAGCUACGCUUGUCCAUGACUGUGAAUCUACUCACCGUUUUGAUCUCUCAUCUGAGCAGGGUUGUCAAAAUGACAUCUUGGAUUUUCUUGAUAAUUUCUUGGAAUCUGAGGGUAUCCAAGUUGAGUAUGAUGAAGCUCAAGACUCUUACUUUUCAAGCUGCAAAUCUUGCCAAGCUCAAAAAGGUGUUUGUGGCUUCAACUCCUCGCACCCCAACAAGCCGUUUAUAUGUUUCCACUCCAAAUCUAGCUUAUCCCCUCCUUGGAUCCAUGAAACCAACCGGAAUCGUAUCUCAAUUAUAAGUAUCAUCUUAGCAUUAACAUGUUUGCUAUUUGCAUUUUCAGUUGGCAUAGCUAUUUUUUGGUCUAGACAGUUCAAAUCUGCCACGGAGGAAGAUCCAACAACUCUCUUUCUUCACCGUCACCGCUCAGCUAGUCUCCUACCUCCAGUCUUCACCUUCGAAGAGCUCGAAUUUUCUACUAAUAAGUUCGACGCGAAGCGGAAAAUCGGUGAUGGAGGGUUUGGUUCAGUCUACUUAGGUCAACUCUUUGAUGGCCGAAUCGUUGCGGUGAAAUAUCUCCACUGUAAACAGCGCAACACACCAUCUUGUACCAAAGCCUUCUCUACCAAAUCUUUCUGCAACGAAAUCUUGAUUUUGUCCUCCAUUAAUCACCCGAAUCUCAUCAAACUUCACGGGUACUGCAGCGACCCGAGAGGAUUACUUUUAGUUUAUGAAUAUAUCACUAAUGGAACUCUUGCAGAUCAUCUCCAUGGAUCAAAUAGCUUGCAUCGUAAAGGGUCUUUAACGUGGCAAGUAAGGCUCGACAUUGCCCUGCAAACGGCUUUAGCUCUCGAGUACUUGCAUUUCUCAGUUGUGCCACCAAUUGUUCACAGAGAUAUCACAACGUCAAAUAUCUUUGUUGAGAAAGACAUGAGAAUAAAGGUUGGAGAUUUCGGGUUGUCAAGGCUUAUGGUUCUUCCUGACACGACGUCGUCUUCAAGUUCUGGAUUCGUGUGUACUGGACCUCAGGGUACACCCGGGUAUUUAGACCCGGAUUAUCACCGGUCUUUCCGGUUGACUGAAAAGAGUGACGUGUACAGUUUUGGUGUGGUGCUGUUGGAGUUGAUUUCCGGGUUGAAAGCGGUGGAUCAGACUAGAGAUAAGCGUGAGGUGGCAUUGGCGGAUUUAGUGGUGUCGAAGAUCCAGCUGGGAAUGCUCCAUCAGGUGGUGGACCCAGCUUUGGUAGAUGAUGAGGAGGCAGUGGACGGUGUUGAUGCGGUUGCUGAACUGGCGUUCCGGUGUGUCGCCGCUGAUAAAGAUGACCGUCCGGACGCUAAGGAAAUAGUAGAGGAGCUGAAAAGAAUCGGAAACAGCCGAGACGUGUCGAACGUCAGUGACGUGUCAAGACAGAAGUGAAUUGAUUUGACUUGAUGUGUGAGGGGUUGUGAAUGGAUCCAUCUGCAAAUGCACAUGUGGUGGGGUUUGAGUUUGACGGACUUGUAAAUGGAGGAUUGAUGUUUGGUAUGAAAAGAAUGUCAAUACUCUUGGCCUGUUUUUGCUUUGCCUUUCAUUUAAAUGGUCAAUAAUUGAUGAUCUUCCAUCAUCAUCAACACUUAAA